GGUGUGUGUACACACACAUACAGAGUGUCGUCAGUGAGUUGACAAGUUUGUGAUUUUUAUGUCCCCAAAUUUCAUGGUAUGACGAUGAAUUAAUGGCCACUAAAGUGCGUCCCUUCAGCCUUCAGCAAACAGCAAAGCUAAAAACACACAGAGUUUAUCAAGAUGGCGGCAAGCGCUUCCAGUUUCGACAGUGUCACGGGAGAAUUUGGAAGUUUAGCCAUGGAUGACGGAUUGCACACGGACGAUGUGAAAUUGUCUUUGGUUGCCAUCAACUUGUUGUUAAAUAAUGGAUUUAAAGAGUCGGAAGAAAUAUUCAACAAGUACAGAAGUUACAGUCCCUUGAUGAGUGCUGGUGCAAGCUUUGUGCAGUUUAUGAAUGCUAUGAUGACAUUUGAAGAUGAUAAGAUGGACAGCGCUCUGGAAUCACUCAAGGAGACGGAGAAGCUCUGCUCAACAAGCGAGGGCUUCAUGAAGUCACUCAGGUCAAAGGUCAUGAGACGAGACUCGGCAACCAAGAAUCACAUCCAUCUGAGCGUGGAGGAAAGAAUCACUAGGCAGAUCAUCACCGGAGAUUGCCAGCUUUACACCGCUCUCUUGACCUUCUCGCGGAGCGAGGUGUCCGGAUUCCUCAAAGGAGGUUGGCUUAUACGGAAAGGUUAUAAGAUCUACGAGAAGGCGUACAAGGAGCUGGUGAAUAUCUACCAGUUGAGGGGUAAGGAGAGCCCGGUGUCAGGGACGCCGAUAACGCUGGAGGAGAACUCGGACGCGGGCACGGAGAAUGACGGUGACGGGAACGGCGGAACUGAACCCAUGAUGUCGGAGGUGGAUUUUAAGACGGCAGAUUACGGUAAUCUGAGCGAGGAGACGUUAGCUCGGUUGUUUGGGGGCGUGACCUUUGGUUAUGGACUACUCCAACUCUGCAUAUCGAUGAUGCCACCUAGCUUGCUCAAAGUUGUGAACUUACUGGGUUUCCGUGGUAACAGGGAUUUUGGGCUUCGUUGUCUGCAAUUAUCAAGCCAUAGCCAGGAUAUGAAGGCACCACUUGCAAUGUUAUCCUUGUUGUGGUACCAUACAGUCGUCCGUCCAUUCUUCGGUUUAGAUGACCACAAUAUUCAGACUUGCAUCAAGGAGGCGGAGUCUAUACUCAAAGAAGGGGAGGCACAGUAUUCCAAGUCGGCCCUCGUUAUGUUCUACCAAGGCAGGGUUCAGAAACUACAGCGUAAUAUUGACAAGGCUUUGGAGACUUAUAACACGGCUUUAGAAGCAGCGAGGGACCAGAGGGAGAUUCAAUUAAUCUGUGUCUAUGAGAUAGGCUGGUGUAAUCUCAUGAUGGUCAACUGGGAGGAGAGUAUGCUGUCAUUUGCAAGGAUGAAGGAGGAAUCCAAAUGGUCCAAGUGUUACUAUGCCUACCUAACAGCAGUGUGUCAAGGAGCGUUAGGUCAAGUUGAAACGGCUCAAGAGAUCUUCAAAGAGGUUCCAGAGUUGGCCAAGAAGAAGAGCAGCAGUCAACAAAUGGAAGCCUUCCUCAUUAGAAAAGCUCACAAGUUUAAGAAGACGAUGCCGACCUCUAAACAAUGCAUUGUUAUGGCAAUAGAAGUAUUGUAUCUAUGGAGAGCGUUGCCAAAUUGCAGCCCAGACUGUCUUAAUACCAUGCUUAAAGAAUGUGAAAGCAACCAAGACCAGAACCUUAAAGCAGUAACCUGUCUUCUUAAAGGAGCACUCAAUAAACACUUGGGAAACAAAGAUAUUGCAAUACAGUGUUUUGAGGAUGCAAUAGUGUAUGGUGCUGGGAAACAUCAAGAAUCGUUUGCAGCACCCCACGCUUGCGUUGAGGUUGGCUCGCUACUUGUUUCUAAACCAAUGACGAUUGGUCGAGGGAAAGCGCUCUUGAAUCGAGCAAAGGAUCAGUACAAGGACUAUGACUUUGAGAAUAGACUUCAUAUGCGUAUACAUGCAGCACUGCAGCGUCUUAAAGACAUCGAGUAAGACGCCUCAAUUCGUCAUAGUGUCGCUCAGAAAGACGCCCAUUGAUGAUCAGAUCACCUUGUUAAGUAUUAAGGACUUUCAGUUAUCUUAACCCCUAUCUUAGGCCUGAUACUUCACAGAGGCUACAAAGGUGAUUGCCUCCAUGACCCCUGGUCAUUGCCUUGGUGCACUUGAAAUGCUCUACAGUAGAAAUUUAAAGUUUCCUCAUAGGGUGUCCUUUACCAAGGAGAAAAUUCCUUAGCCCUUAACCUUUCAAAAACGAGUAUUUGUUUUGAGUAAUUACCAAACGUGUACCUUCCCUUUAAGAAGGUUAACGAGCAAAGGAAGAAGUGAAACGUUAAUGGUUGAUCUAUGGACCAAAUAGAAAGGAAGACGAGUCUAUAGCCCUUUUCACACUAUCUACAUGCAUGACCUUUGAUCCGCGUAAAGCCUAGUUCAUACUUCCUGCGAAUGCCAAGCAAAUUUUGACGUCACAGGGCUGUUUUGGCAGAAAAUGUUUUGCAGGAGUU